AUGCUGUUCACUGCUGUUCUGGCCUUAGUGGUAUCUUCGUCAUUUUCCUAUGUCCUGAAAGACCGCAGCUCGGAGUUCCGGGCAAAUCCGUCGGAUUUCCGGGCAGCUCGACAUGUGGUGGAGAGGACCUGGGAUUUCUCGACAUGCGCCCCGGGCAGCAGACUGAAGCUUGGGGGAAAAGUGCUGAAUAAAAGAAAUCUUGCCUUAACAACUUUAGACGCGGUAAAACUAGCGCCGUUACUUCAUCAGGAGACGUUUGAGGACCGGAUGGACGUCUGGUGUAAACUGGCCAAGAUGGAGGUCAAAGCUGCCAGAGGCCUCGGGAAGAAUCAUGUAGAUUUUGAUGUCGAAGAACUAGAUAAGUUUCAAGGCGAUAUAGUGGUUGACAAGGAAUUCGUGGACAUACUAUUGGGUGCUUACGAUGAACAAUCUGGAGAAAAUGGCGACCGCGAAGGCAGAGCCAGACUCAAACGUGCCACGACCAUAUACGAGCAGUUUUAUUGGGACAGCGAAAUUCGAUGGCAGUUUUCGCCUGUUGGGCUCGAUUCGUCAUUGAAAAACGAUAUCCGACAAGGCUUUAACUUCAUCCAGGAUAACACGUGCGUCAGAUUUCGGGAAUUUCCGGCCAGCCCGAAUCUUAUUGGUGCGCAUGUCACGGUCAAGAACUCUACCCGAUGCGGGGCGGUCGUAGGGAAAAGGGGUGAGAGAUCACAUGAUCUGUUGAUUUCUGAGUCGUGUUCUGGGAUUGGAACAGUUCUGCACGAGAUAGGGCACGUGCUGGGGUUGUUCCACGAGCACACGCGGCCGGACAGGGACCUGUACUUGAACAUCAACACCGAAAACGUCUGGGACGGGGCAACUUACCUACAUCUGAUCAACGACUCUGGCACUUUCACUUAUAGUAAAACCCUGGGAAUACCCUACGACUAUGCGUCCGUCAUGCACUACUCCGCCUAUGCAUUUUCAAAGAAUAGUCUUCCGACUAUUAGUCCCAAAGACCCCAUUAUGGAACAAGUCCUUGGCCAGCGGGAGACCAUGUCCUUUUUCGAUGUGAAGUUUAUUAACACGAUGUACGCAUGCGCAGGUAAAUGCGGUGUAAACUCGUUGGAAUGGAACUUUUGUAAAAAUGGCGGCUACCGGGAUCCGAAUGACUGCGACCGGUGUAAAUGUCCAUCAGGGUUCGCGCCGCCAUCUUGCGCCGAGAUAUCACCAGGGAUUAAUGCAAACUGUGGUCAGAGGGAAUUGGUGGCCACUGAAGUAGAGAAGACUCUGACGUCACCAGGCUACCCCAGUGGCUAUCCCGGAAGAGCGGACUGCGCAUGGAUCAUCAGAGCGCCGCGUGAUCAGAGGCUUAGACUUCAGUUCAAAGGAGAGUUCCAUGUUGAGCCUCACUCGUUGACCUGUCGGGCUUUCGUCGAGGUUAGAUACAAAGACGUCACCCUUGCUGGAGCCAGAGAGGUGUGGCGGAUGUACGCUAGACGCAGCUCUGACUGA